AAAUUUUCCCUGGAGUACUCAGCUCUAUGACCAUGGAGACAGCCAAAGUUCUCAUGUUCUCGUCCUCCAGACCAUGCCUGUUUAUUCUUGGAUCAUGCUCAAUUAUGAGCACAUGCAGAGAGGACUGUAAAAUUUGGAGCCGCACCAUGCCCCAUAUCUGUUAUUCCACAACCGUCCAAUGAGAAGUACAAGAAGGAAAAGUGGGUCACUAGACCUCAUCACAUGUCAACAAACCAAAACUCACAUGUGAGGAAAGGUGGAUCAUGCUCAACCCCACCUCUCUUGCCCUUCUCAUCAUUUUCUUUGCUUUUGUAAUUUAGCAAACCAAAACUCACAAGUUUUCUCACAAAAGGGAAGGGAAGGUGAAAAGGGGGAAAUACCACAAGUUGAUGAUUUUAUUCCUCUCCCAUGGUUAUGAUCACCACUUAGCGUUUGCGAAUUGUUUGUUUCCUUGUGUAACUCCCUCAUCAACUUCCCUUGUCGCACUUCAUCAUCGCCUACAUGGUGGGGUACUCCAAUUCCCUUAUUUAUACCAUGGCAUUGCCACACUUCUCUUCCCAUACACACUCCCACCUUCUCCCAACAUCCCUUCCUACCUGCAUUCAAUCAGUCAUUUCUAAGCUUUCUCUUAUUCCUUCUUAAUUUUCAUGGCUCCCCUUCUCUGUCUUCUCAUUCUCAUGAUCACUACUUGCAGCGAUGCUCAGGGUCCACCUUCCCCUGGUUUCUCCCCCAGUUCCAAAUUUAGUCCUAUUAGCUUUAAUCAAGGUUUUAGAAAUCUCUGGGGUUCUCAGCAUCAAACCAUAGACCAGGGUUUAUUAACAAUUUGGCUUGACAGUACCUCUGGAAGUGGGUUUAAGUCGCUUAAGCCCUAUCGUUCAGGUUACUUCAGUGCUGCCAUCAAGCUCCAACCUGGCUAUACUGCAGGAGUGAUCACAUCUUUCUAUCUUUCAAACAACGAAGACUACCCUGGGAACCACGAUGAAAUCGAUAUCGAGUUCCUGGGAACAACACUGGAUAAGCCUUAUACCCUGCAGACCAACGUGUAUAUGAAGGGAAGUGGAGAUGGAAGACUAAUAGGGAGGGAAGUGAAGAUUCAUCUCUGGUUCGAUCCAACAGAAGACUUUCAUAAUUAUGCUAUCCUAUGGACCCCAGAUGAGAUCAUAUUCCUAGUGGACGAUGUCCCCGUAAGAAGGUAUCCAAGAAAGAAUGACGCUACAUUUCCCGCAAGGCCAAUGUGGGUGUAUGGAUCGAUAUGGGAUGCGUCAUCAUGGGCCACAGAGGAUGGAAAAUACAAAGCCGAUUACCGGUACCAACCAUUCAUAGGUAGGUACAAAAAUUUCAAGCUAGGCGGGUGCACCACCGAUGCAGCAGCCUCCUGCCGGCCACCCUCCAUCUCGCCGUCCUCCGCAGGAGGCCUGAGCCAACAGCAGUACUCAGCAAUGGAAUCGGUGCAGAAGAAUUACGUGGUUUACGACUAUUGCCAGGACCCCAAGAGAGACCACUCUCAGAUACCAGAGUGUUAGGUAGAUGUUGAUAAAAAGACUAAAGAGUGGGUUGGUUAUACACAGUUAUAAGUUGUUACUUAAGUUACAAAGACAGUUUGUUUUGGAGUGCAUUGUGAUGGGUCCAGCUUGCCAAGAACAGGUGCAAGAGUCGUUGAGCGCGCGUCCAAGCCUCCAAGAUUUGAAUCGCUUUUGUUGGAUUGUUGUUGGAAUAAAUUAUUUGCUUGCUAUUUUGGUUAAAGGAUAGGCGUGGGUGUGAGUGUGACAAAUGAGAGAGGUCUUUGGGUAUUUGUGUAUACACUCUGCUAUUACUUAAUAAAGCAGAGAAAGAAUUGUGAUUGUGUACCAAUUACUUAUAAUAUUAUUACAUUAUAAAGAUUGAUAAGGUCUCUUUAAA